AGAAGGUUUCUUUGAGUCCUAAAGGAAGAAAUAAGAGGCAGUAGCAGCUCAGUAGACAGGAGAGACUGUGCUUUUUCUUCUUCUCUCUGCAAACAUGUCUGACUGUGAGGGACCACCCAUGGAUGACAGUGCAUCAGCUACCAGCAGCAUGGAGGUGACGGACCGCAUCGCCUCCCUGGAGCAGAGGGUCCAGAUGCAGGAGGAUGAGAUCCAGCUCCUAAAAUCAGCUCUGGCUGAUGUCGUUCGCAGGCUAAACCUGUCGGAGGAGCAGCAGGCCAUGGGGUCCCGCAGAGGUCCCACCAAAGACUCAACUAAGAUGAGAAAAUCUCCAUCUGCGGACAGCAGUUUUGGAAAGUCAGCCAGGCCGAUGAUCGCUACUCUGCCGUUACGGCCCACAGUCAACAACGGGACCGUCCUGCCAAAGAAAGGCAGCAGCACUCUGCCCUCCCCAGCUGGAUCUGGAUCCAGGAAGGAUGCCAGCCCAGCAACCAAUAAGAGCACUGUGAGGAGAGCAAAUUCAAACGAACACAUGGGAACUGUAACACGCAAAGAUUCAGGCGACUCCAAGGGCAACCGAACCCGGGCCGGCUCCACUGGCAGCAACUCCAGCGGCAGAAGGAGCGACAGCAAACAGAGGGAUCCGAUAUUCAAUGCAGGGAUGCGCCGCGUGACCCACUGCAAAGAGGAAGGUUAUGUGAAAAUGUUCUUGAAGGGUCGACCAGUCACCAUGUUCAUGCCAAAGGACCAAGUGGACAGCUACAGCCUGGAGGCCCGAGGUGAGCUGCCCAGCAACAAGCUCAAACUGGACUGGGUCUACGGUUACCGCGGCAGAGACUGUCGCUCCAACCUGUACCUGCUUCCUACUGGAGAAACAGUGUAUUUCAUCGCCUCUGUGGUCGUCCUUUUCAAUGUAGACGAGCAGCUGCAGAGACACUACACAGGACACACAGAUGACAUCAAAUGCUUGGCAGUCCAUCCGGAUAAAAUUACGAUUGCGACCGGGCAGGUGGCAGGCACCUCCUCAGAUGGAAAACAGCUGGCUCCUCAUGUCCGCGUCUGGGACUCUGUCAGCCUAAACACCCUCCAUGUUCUGGGCACAGGGUUCUUUGACCGGGCGCUGGUCUGCCUGGCGUUCUCGAAGUCGAAUGGAGGAAACACCCUUUGCGUUGUGGAUGACUCCAACGAUCAUGUCCUCUCUGUGUGGGACUGGCAGAGAGAGGAAAGGCUCGCUGAAGCUAAGUGCUCCAACGAGUCAGUGUUUGCAGCAGACUUUCACCCGACUGACAGUAACAUCAUUGUGACUUGUGGCAAAUCUCAUCUCUGCUUUUGGACUCUGGAGAAAAGCGUGCUGGUCAAAAAGCAGGGGCUGUUUGAGAAACAGGAGAAGCCCAAGUUUGUUCUGUGUGUGGCCUUCGCUGAAAACGGAGAUGCCAUCACAGGAGACUCCAGUGGAAACAUCUUGGUUUGGGGAAAAGGCACUAAUCGCAUCAGCCGAGUCAUCCAGGGGGCUCACCAGGGCAGCAUCUUUGCAGUGUGCAUGCUGAGGAAUGGCACGUUAGUGUCUGGGGGGAAGGACCGCAGGCUCAUUUCCUGGGACAGCAGCUACCAGCAGAUCCAAACUGUGGAGGUUCUGGAAUUGUUUGGCCCCAUCAGAACCAUAGCAGAGGGCAGAGGGGAGACUGUGCUCAUCGGCACCACCAAGAACUUUGUGUUACAGGGCAGCCUGGAAGGAGAAUUCAUACCCAUUACUCAGGGUCACACGGAUGAGCUGUGGGGUCUGGCUGUUCAUCCAUGCAAGCCUCACUUUCUGACCUGUGGAUAUGAUAGACAGGUCUGUCUCUGGGACUCCAGCACUCACCAGCUCAUCUGGACCAAAACCCUGGAGGAUACAGCCCAGUCAGCAGGUUUCCACCCAUCAGGAGCUGUGGUUGCAGUAGGAACCCAAACUGGCAGGUGGCUGGUGCUGGAUACAGAUUCCAAGGAUUUGGUUACGGUUCACACAGACGGGAAUGAGCAGCUGUCAGUGAUGCGCUACGGGCCUGAUGGUAACUUCAUGGCUAUUGGUUCCCACGACAACUAUAUUUACAUUUACGCUGUGGCAGAAAAUGGGAGGAAGUACAGUCGGGUUGGAAAGUGCUCGGGUCACUCCAGUUUCAUCACCCAUUUGGAUUGGUCUGUGGACUCCCAGUACCUGGUCUCAAAUUCAGGCGACUAUGAGAUUCUCUACUGGAUCCCAUCAGUGUGUAAACAGGUCGUCAGCGUGGAAACCACUAGAGACAUCGAAUGGUUCACUCACACUUGCACUCUGGGCUUUCAGGUGUUUGGGCUGUGGCCUGACGGCUCAGAUGGCACCGAUAUCAACGCGGCAUGCAGGUCCAAUGACAUGAGCCUCCUGGUAACUGGAGAUGAUUUCGGGAAGGUCCAUCUUUUCUCAUACCCCUGUUCGCAGUUCAGGGCUCCGAGCCAUGUUUACCGUGGCCACAGCAGCCAUGUAACAAAUGUGAACUUCCUUUAUGACGACAGCUACUUGGUGUCGACCGGCGGGAAGGAUAUGAGCGUCCUGCAGUGGAGAAUAGUCUGAGCAGACGGACACUCAGAGAAACAGCUGGUGCCUCAGAGCUGCAGAAGCAAACUGAGCAGAUAUGCACUAAAAUGAACCAAACUAAAAAUCACUCCAAAUAAAAGGUGGAUUUGAGGGAUGGGAGGGGCGAUUAAACAGAAGCGAUCCUGCAGGUUCCCUCUUCUCCUGCUGACGGAUGAAAGGAAAGGCAGGAAAUGUAAGAAGCAGCUGCUUGAAGUGAAGAACUUUUCCCUUUAUGCUUUUUUUAGCCACACUACAUGAACAGGAUAGAGAAAAAAAACUCACUGAUUUCAGCCUUGUCUAUAAAGACGCAAAACGGAACGAGUCCAACUGAACAGAACCAAAG